AUGGCUCCCGCACAGCAGUAUACUGAAGGCCCCUUGAACUUCGGCAAAAACUAUGCUGUCCUCAACUUGGAUCUGAUGGCAGUUCUGAUUGACGCAAUCAAGGACACGGCUAGAGGUCAAGCAUUCAUCUCUAACUGCUCGCGCUGGAACGAAGCAGUUCACAACAGACACCUACGACCACUCACCAUUUUUACCACCCUCUUCUUCAACCACGGAGAGCCAGAACUGGCAAAAGGCGCUCCCUUCACCAGGCUCGCCAAAGCUUUCGGAUCGUUUUCCGCUGGCUCGCCCGGGGUGCAGAUAGCGUCCAACUUUACCGUCGAUGAGAAAGACGUCGUCCUACAAAAGACACGGUGGUACGCCGGCGCUGGAAACGGCUUGGAGCAGAUCCUGGAAGCACAGAAUAUCGACACUGUCGUCAUAUCCGGCUUGAGCCUUUCCGGUGUCGUCAUGAGUACCGUCUACCGCCUGUUCGAUCUCGACUACAACAUUUAUGUCAUCUCGGAUAAUGUGUUGGAACUGCCGCCAGACGAGCAUACCGAUGUCUCGAAAGUCAUGCUGGAGACUCUUCUGCCGAAAAUGAAUUUGAGGUCCAUCUCCAUCGAUGAGGCGUUGCAGAUGCUAGAGCAGUCUUAG